AUGAAUACUCUCAUUUUCUUAUGUUAUAUUGUCUGUGCUCACGCUAUCAUUCUGAAACUGCCUCUGAUGCAGCAACAGUCAGCAAUGAAACGGAAAAGCUUGGGACGUAUGCUAGUGAACAGCAGAUCAGCUGAGCUGAAAAAUAUACGAAACCAACGCUAUUUAUGUACUGUAUCGAUUGGAAAUCCACCUCAGAACUACUCGCUCAUGCUCGACACAGGAUCUACCCAUACUUGGAUAGUUGGGAAAGAAUGCACAGGUUCCACUUGUGAUUGUGCAGACAACUACCGAAAGCACAAAUAUGACGCUCAUGAGUCGAACAGUUUCGUCAAUGUGUCUGAGAAGAUUACUGUUCGUUACUUGAGCACUCAGAUCACAGGCUACGCUGCACAAGAUGACAUGAGUAUACAAGGAAUAUCUUUUCCGAAACAAAAAAUAAUAGUUGCUACGGAACUGCCGGAAAGUUUGGGAGCUGAAGAAAACGAUGGCUUAUUAGGAUUCGCUUGGCAGUAUACGAAUAAUAUGGUUCCAUUCAUUCAAAAUGUACUCUCUCAACUGCACUUUCCGGUUUUUACCAUCUGGCUUAACAAACAGGAAAAUGAUGAUGGCAUUGGAGGAAUGAUGACUCUAGGCGACUUUGAUAUUGAAAACUGCAGUCCAAAUGUUACCUUUCAUCCACUAUCUUCGAAGCAUCAGUGGAACGUACUGAUUGAAGAAGUUCAAAUAGGGUCAUACAAGAGUUCUGUUCAAGUGGAGGGCAUAAGUGACACCGGUGCACCAAGGAUAGGAUGUCCGGAGGAACCAUUCAACGAACUUGUGAGGCAAAUGAAUGCCACAGUUGUGGACGGGAUUGUUAUUGUCUCUUGUGAAGAUAUCCAUCACUUCCCUGAUAUCCAAUUCAUUAUCGGAGGUAUAAACUACAAGAUCACUAGUUAUCAGUAUACCCGCCGGUUUCAUGAUUUUUGCCUGGCAAACAUAUUGAAGAUGAACACGCCGAGAAAUCUUUGGCUGCUAGGAGAUCCUUGGAUACGAUCUUACUGCCAUAUCUUUGAUAUGGGAUUAGAGAGAAUUGGAUUGAGUGAAACACGUAAUCAUCACAAUCAAUCUUAG